AACCAAACUUAUAUAUCUCUAACAUUUCCCGACUCACUCCCAUCUCAUACUUUCUCUCCCUCUCUGUUGACUUGGUUGUGGAGAAACCUUUUUUUUUUUUUUCGAAGGCAUCAGUUUACAUCGCUAUUUGAAAGCUUGAUGAGUAGGGUUGUGCUAGGCUUGCCAGGGCCAUGGGCUGAGGAUAACCGUGAGCCCUCUGAUCAUUACACUACCAAAAUUGGUGGACUUCCUGAUUGGCCUCUUCCUAUAGAGGCUUUGAAGUUCAACCCUACACUUAUUCACUGCACACAAUGUGGAAGUAAACUCUGUCUUGUUGCUCAGGUUUAUGCUCCAGUUUCAAGUGGAACUUUGAACGUAGAAGACCGUCUACUUCUUGUUUUUGGUUGUGUGGCACCAAAUUGUGGUAGCUCUUCUCUCAGUUGGCGAGCUCUUCGGAUUCAGAAAGUGGAAAAUGAAUCAAAGGAAUCAUCCUCCGCUGCUACUCUGGAUAAAGCUCCUUCAGCUUCAUCUCUUGUUUCUGUUCCAAAAACUAACUGGUGGGAGAAUUUGAGUGAUGAGGAUAAUGAAGAUUUGGAUUUGGAGGACUUGAGUAGAGCAUUUUCUGAAGUGGCAAGCUUGAGUUCUGAGCCCAAGAAGACAAGUAGCUACCGGAAUUCUGAGGGUGCUGUGAAGCAUUCUUUGUCUUUAAUUGCACAAACAAGAGGGGUUGAUACUGAUACACCAGUGAUGCCAUGCUUCUACAUUUAUAGUCAGGCAGAACCAUCAUCAAAGGAUUUUUCUUCUAUGUGUUCAAAUCACUUGUCACUUUCGGUCAAGGAGAAAGAAGGUGAUGUUGAUGAUCAUGGACAAGAAGAAACAUGGGAAGCUGAAAAUUAUGAAUAUGAUAAGGCUCUGAAUGCUGACAGGACUUAUCUCAAGUUCAAAAAACAAUUGGAUGCUUCUCCAGAGCAAUGUUUUAGAUAUGCAUUCGGUGGGAAACCUCUUCUGGCUACAACAGAGGUGGAUAAUGCUGGGAACUGCGGACUUUGUGGUGCAUCAAGGCACUUUGAACUGCAGCUUAUGCCCCCAUUAAUAUAUUUUCUGCAGGAAGUUGAUGAUUGUCAUAAAGGUUCUCUGGAGAACUGGAACUGGCUGACUCUUGUUGUCUAUACCUGUUCCAAGAGCUGUUCUAAUUCAUUUGAUGAAGAGAAGUCCAUCCAUGGCCAUGGUCAAUGGUUUGUCGUGGAGGAGACUGUUAUCGUGCAAUUCGAUAAGCCCUUAAAUGAGUGUCUUCAACGCUAUUUCUCAUGAUUUACAAUUUUUGUCAAACAUUUGUGUGAAUCGGAACUCUUUCAGUCUUUAAUCUAUGUUGAGCAGCUUCCAUGCAUACAGAGAUGAACCUACAAUGAUCCUGAAAGUUUACUGAUUUAUUUUAUGCCCUUGACAAAUCUAGAGUGUGUCAUUAUUAUCUCCGACGGAGUGUUAUGCAUUGGUUGAAGAUCGAUGAGAGGUAUCAAAUUUUGUAUCA